AUGAACACAGUCCUUAACAUCCAAGGUAAAACGAAGGAUAAUUUGAAGUCAAGGUUGGAUUUAGUCGAUAUUUGUGAUCGUUCUGAACUUCACGUUGAUGAGAACGGUACGGCCCCUUUUCCCAUUUAUCGGCUGGAUGGUGCUAGGAAAGAAAAGAUUUUUGAUUGGAUUGCAGAUAAAGUGAAAUUUCCUGACGGAUAUGCAUCAAAUUUGGGGAACUGCGUUGAUAGAAGCGAAGGAAAGUUUACUGGCUUGAAGAGUCAUGAUUGUCAUGUAAUUAUGCAGCACCUCCUUCCGUUUGCUUUUUCAGCAUUAUUGCCACGUAAUGUUCAUGAAGCAAUUGCAGGGAUUAGUGUUUUCUUCCGCGACUUAUGCAGCAGAGUAGUGACUGAAGAGGGUAUUAAUAAUUUGAAGACAAACGCACCAGUCAGCAUGUGCAACCUUGAGAAGAUAUUUCCUCCAUCAUUCUUUGAUGUAAUGGAACAUCUUGUUAUUCAUCUCGCAAGAGAAUUGGAACUUGGUGGUCCUGUGUAGUACAGAUGCAUGUAUAUUUUUGAGCGUUAUAUGCAUC